AUGGGUCCUGGACAAAGCAAUUUUGCGGUGUAUAUAUAUAUACUUUUCGGGUUUAUUGGAUGGGCUUCUGGACAGGAUUAUUAUGAAGAGCGACACAAAUACCAACUCAGAACACAAAUGGGCCACCUCACUUCAAUACCAAAGCAGUUCGAAGUGAAAGGAGAAAACGCUCUCGCAACUUUCAACAAAAAUAUACUAGAAAUCGAUGAAUUAGCAGCAAAACAGAACCUCUCAGUCAUUUAUAAAGUCAAAGUAGAUACCGUAAUUAAAAACAAGCACAAAACUCAACACAAAAGUUUCGUCAAUAAGAACAAAUCAAAAAAAUAUAAAGUACCAUUGAAAAAGAAGAACAUGAAGCUAUCGAGUUUCGAGAUGAUAUUAAGAAAACACGCCAAUGAUGUCGGAAUGAAUCAUUAUUCGAAUGACGUCACUACGACAGAAAAACAAAAGAUUAUAUACACAACGAAACCGAUGUGGGCAGGAAAAUAUAAACCAAUAGUAGGGGCUGUGAAAACAAGUUAUUCGAAAAUUGUAAGACCAGUGAAAAAUAGAAUAAUAACACUAUAA